UUUUCAUCAUUUUCUGCUGUUUCCUCUGCCUCCUAAAUCUCUGCCUUGGGUAUCUUCAAUUUUGUUUCCUGCCUGCCUGUUUAGAGAGACUCUGAGCCGUACGCCCUGCAGCACACUGAAUUGUGAAUCCAAACAGCUGGAGCAGCAGCAGAUAGACAGUGACUGAGAAGGGGGAAGGAGGGGGGGAGUGAUACAGAGUGAGUGAGCAGAGAGAGAGAGAGUUGAAAAGCAUGCCAAGUGAGAGCGAGGCGCUCACACCGAAGCAGGCAGAGGCAACAGCUACAGCAACAGCAUGCUCGUUCUCCGUCCUCCCUCUCUUGCCGUCUAAUCCCGCAUCUACGCCGGGGGAGAUGAAGGGUGAACUGACCCGCUGAGGAGCACCGUCUUUGGGAAAAGGGACAGUCUCACCCCUCCCCCACCUGUGAAUGCCUGGAUCUUUUUUUUUUUUACCAGGGACAAUAAACAAAAAGGAGUGAAAGUUGGUGUGUACCAGCAAGCCUGUCGGCAGGAGGGAGGAAGGGCGAAGGAGCGAAGAAGAGGGGGAUGAGUGGCAGGUUUGGCUCAGCAGCUGAUGCCAGGGUCUGAGAGAGAGACGGAGACAGACUGAGGGUGAGCGGAGAGCUGGCACGUGUGGAGCGGUGUGUGCAACUUGUUUGCCGAGAGGGAAGGAAAAAUGAAAUACGCACACAGCUGGACAGAUGAGGAGGCAUCAGAGAGCACGCUUUAGUCCUGGGUACAUGGUGCACUGACUCUGCCUGCAACAGGCGAGGAGUCAGAGGACGAGGGCCAUGUUUGGCUCUCCUGGCCCUGGUGGGCAUGCCUCAGUGCCAUGGCUGAGGGUGUGGAGAUGGGUACUGGGUGCUUGUCUGGUUGCCAUAAUAACCUUGACGCUGCCAGGAAGUAGCCAGGCCUGUCCCCCGCGGUGUGAAUGCUCGGCUCAGCUGAGGUCAGUGUCGUGCCAGCGGAGGAGGCUCACCAACAUACCAGAGGGCAUUCCCACCGAGACACAACUUCUGGACCUCAGCAAGAACCGGCUGCGCUGGGUGCAAGCAGGUGACCUGGCACCGUACCCGCGCCUGGAGGAGGUGGAUCUCAGUGAGAACUUCAUCGCCACAUUAGAGCCCAAUGCCUUUGCCCCCCUUCAGAGUCUUAAAGUGCUGAAGUUGAGGGGGAACCAGCUUAAGCUAGUGCCCAUGGGGGCUUUCGCAAAGCUUGGCAAUCUGACCAGCCUGGACCUCAGCGAGAACAAGAUGGUGAUUUUAUUGGAUUACACCUUCCAGGAUCUGAAGAGUUUGAAACAUUUGGAGGUGGGAGACAACGACCUGGUUUACAUAUCCCACAAGGCAUUCUCUGGGCUGCUGGGGCUUGAAGACCUCACAAUAGAGCGGUGCAACCUGACAUCCAUCUCAGGUCAGACCCUGUCUUACCUCCGCAGCCUGGUCACCCUUCGCCUCCGUCACCUCAGCAUCACUGCACUGGAGGACCAAAACUUCCGCAAACUCUCCAACCUACGAGGUCUGGAUAUCGAUCACUGGCCAUACCUGGAGUACGUCUCCCCCCUAAGUUUCCAGGGUCUGGACCUCCACUGGCUCUCCAUCACCAACACCAACAUCACCUCGGUCCCCUCAGCUUCAUUCAAAAACAUGGUGCACCUCACCCAUCUCAACCUGUCAUACAACCCCAUCACCACACUAGAGCCCUGGGCCUUCAAGGACCUGCUGAGGCUGAAGGAGCUCAUCAUGGUGAAUACGGGCUUGGUGGCUGUGGAGCUCCACGCCCUCGGAGGCCUCCGACAGAUUCGGGUCCUCAACUUCUCCUCCAACGACUUGCAGACUCUCGAAGAGGGCUCCUUCCACUCUGUCAACAGUCUGGAGACCCUCAGAGUGGACGGGAACCCCCUGAUGUGUGACUGCCGUCUGUUGUGGAUCCUGCAGAGACGCAAGACCCUCAACUUUGACGGCAGAGUGCCGGUGUGUGCAGGGCCGGUGGAGGUGCAGGGGGUCAGCCUCAGCGCCUUCACCGACUCUGCACUCUUCGAUCACUUUACAUGCCAGAAACCUAAAAUUCGCAACCGCAAGAUGCAACAGGUAAUCGCUCGUGAGGGCCAGCCGGUGAAUUUUCUGUGUCGAGCUGAAGGAGACCCUGCUCCUGCUAUUAUCUGGAUUUCCCCACAGCGCAGGCGGAUCACAACCAAGAGUUCAGGGCGCAUUAUCGUUCUCCCUAGUGGCACCCUGGAGAUCCGCUACGCCCAGCUUACUGACAGUGGGACAUAUAUCUGCAUCGCCAGUAAUGCCGGAGGUAAUGACACCUACUUUGCCACGCUCACAGUGCGUGGCCAGCCACUAGAUCCUGCCUCGGCCUUCUUUCUCAACCGCUCGCUGUACAGUGGAGAAUUCUUCAACGACACAAAUUUGAACAGCACACGAGUUUUCCUCAAGUUUACCUUGGACCUGACCACCAUCUUGGUCUCCACGGCAAUGGGUUGCAUCACCUUCCUGGGGGUGGUCCUCUUCUGUUUCCUGCUGUUGUUCGUGUGGAGCCGGGGACGCGGCCAACGCAAGAACAACUUCACAGUGGAGUACUCUUUCCGGAAAUCUGAACCCGUCACUGGCAGUUCCUCUGGAGGGACCAGGAAGUUCAACAUGAAGAUGAUAUGAAACAACGCAGCCAGGGGUCCCUCGGGGGAGGCAUGAGCACGUCUUAAAAACGUGUUAGACACGCAAACACACACAGCCAUUGACUCGCAAAGAAGUUUGAAAGCAUAUUAUCAGAUCUGGUCUUUGGCUCUAUUUAAAAUUGAGCGCCCUCAUCAAAAGUGUGGCCAUGACACAAUUUGGUUUGAUUUGUGUAGAAAAACAAAAUUACCCUGAUCUCUCUGCCUCUCAGUGGUUUCAUUCAGCUUUUGUUGAAAGGCAUGUUUGAAGGACACUGAAGGUUUGAAAGCAAUUUUGUCAUCUAUGUUUGAUACAUUAAACAUUCAGAAAUUGGCAUUACAUAGCUGUUAAAUAGUGGAGAGGAUAAAAAAGACUUCUCUUUCACUUAGAUUUCCAUUUGACUGAAUUCAGGGAUUUUAAAGAUAUGUGCUACAGGGAGAACUGACUACUAUUCAGUUAUAGAAAUUGUAGAGAUGCUCUACAAAAGUAUGCCUUGUUAAGAAUAAUGCAUGUAGAACUGCAGUUAAGAGUUAAGUUGUAAAUUUAAUCCACUGAAUAAAACAAAUUGCUCUGAAAGACAGUUUGAAGGUGUUUUUCUCUAGAGCCGAUAACAGCUAACUUGAUCUUUCCUGACCACGGCUGAACAUUGAGCAUGGUUUUAAUUUGAUUUAAUGAGCUAAAGCUGAAUGGAUGUAAUACAACAUCUCAAAAGUAAUUACUGAUUUGGACAAUUCACUUAAGUAACAAAGACACAAAAAGAACAUGAUUUGGCCUUUUCUUCUUUGUGAGAUUUUUGCGACAUUAGCUGUGUGAGUUUGGGACGAGCACACCGGCCAAGAGUUGCUGUGGUUGCCCGUGGGCCAGAGGGUUUGGUUAGGAAGUCAAGCCCUCAGAACAUGGGCUGCCACAGUAACCAUAGCAACCAACACAAGGGAGAGCAAGGGUAACAAGGCGGGAGGCCACAGGAGGUUGGCUGGUUAGAAGGGGACGAGUGGGUGGUCAAUGUGACCUCUCUGUCCUCUCUGCACCAGAAGUCCGUUCGUUCAUGAGCAGGACUGGGUGGACCUGCCAGCUUCCAACCUUCGUCCCUGCUCUUUCAUGUGUUGGUAGACUCCUGACCUUCCCAGCGCUGCCAGGGGGGAGCAGCCUGGAGGGUUUGGUCAUACGCAGAGGCAGACAGAGGACACAAACACAUCAUUUUAGUCGUGGAAAAACACACAUGAAUACACAUGUUAAGCACCUUUUCUCAGGAAAAGUAAAAUAACUACCAUCCAUAUUGACUGUACCACACAUAAAUGUUUAAAAUCUAACAUUCCAGCAAUACUUUAUGUAGAGCCAUAAAGCCAAUAUUCCUUCUCUGAUAGAGAACUGAUGUAAAUGUCUGACUGAAGAAAUGAAGCCAUAGUAUGUGUUGGUUGUUUUUUAUACAGUAGCGUGUGCAUGACUCUGUGCAUAAUAACAAUUAUUCCUACUGCCAUCUUACAAGCUGUCGUGAUGAUCAAACGACCAUCUGCUGUCACUGUGCUUGCAUAAAGUUGCAACCAGAACACACACGAACACACACACACAAAACACACACAUAAAACACACACAGGUAUAACCACAUCAUUGUUCUUUGGAUUGAUAGAAACACCGAACUCGGUUACACAUGAAUGAACAUACAAAUUGAUAAAACACCACCACCACCACGAUGAUGCUCUCGCUCUCUCUCUGUCUGUCUCUGAGAUGGUCGGUGUGCGAUGUCUCUGCCCCCCUAGCCCAGUGCAUCCCCCCCUCCUCAGCCCCACUUCCCCCAUACACACCUACCCCCACUGGGUCCUCCUUUGGGAGGGGUCCUUGGCUGGAGAUCGCAGAAUCAAAUGUAAAUGAAGUCGUGUUAACCCUACCCACGCCAUGUGCAUCGUAUAGUGGAGAGUAGUACUGUGGUUUAAAAAAAGAAAACAACAAAGUAAUUUCUUUGAAGUGUUAUGUUGACUCUUGUUUGUCCUCCAUUUUCAUUUCCUUUAGUUGUUGUUGUCUGUGACCUUUUGGCUGUUUACCAUUUUAAAAUGAUUUGUCCUCCAUGUGGGACUGUUCUGAUCUCAGCACCUAAUAACAUUCCCAAACACCAGACACCAGUGAGCCUGUUCGAUAUCACUGUGCAUGUCAACUGAAACCAGGCAGAGUAAUGCUUGACUGAGAAACAACAAUCAUCAUAUAAAGCAGUGAUUUCUAAUCUUGUAUUUUUAUGUCCCAAGUUGGUCAACUAGCUAUGUAGGAACACUUCUUUCAUGGGUUACCUUCUUAUUAAAUACUUCAUAGUUUCACUUCAGACAUUUAAUCAUAGCCUUGUUGACAUAACUUUUUCAUUGAAUAGAGAUUUAUGCAUCUCUGAAUUCAACCUGACUUUACCACACAAACACAGAGAGAGGUCUUGACGCCUCUGGAAAAUUUGGCUUGAAAUAGCAAAGUAGUUAAAAAACAAUCCGGUUUGUAAAGACCAUGUCUCAGGCCUGUACUGGUGUGGCCGAUUAUAUUGAGUUUGACAUCUCCAUGACUUCCCGGCUAUUUGGUUGUGAAUUAUUUGUUCCAAAAUGCGUUGUUCUAAAAGCAAUGAGUGCAAAACUAAACUGAACUGAACUGCAUGAUUUACUGACACUUUACUCAGUGUAAGCUCAUAUAUAACAAAGUCAUACCUAGAUUUACAGAGGCUACCAAUAGACUAACCAUUCUUAGAUUGUUUGGCCACUUAAAUGGAUAUUCUAAAGCUUUAGGUGCUCUGUUUAUGUGGUAAUGUGACUGCACACCAGAAACCCUUAGAGAUUUCCCAGGAAUGGAUUUCAAAAUAAUUUAAUUUUUUAUUUUUGUGCCACAGUCACUCUUUUAAGACUUUUUAAAAACUUUGUUUAUUGAGUUCCUAAAUGCUUUCUAAAACUAUUAAAACCUGGUGCAAGUGCUUAAGAUUCUUAAAUCUGAAAUUCAUUACCUUAAAAUGUAAGCUUUCACACACACACACACAAUAUUUUUUGUCACAAAUCUGUAAGUUAUAUUUAGUAACUUUUACACUUACUGCUGGGUUACUCUGUUGAUAUUUAAGUUUUAACCUGAUUAACUGAUUUGUGACAUCACAAAGGGCAGUAACCCCUCCUCCAGGUGGGUGACACUCCCACAGCUAGAUGGUAGUUCUGCCAUCUGAGUCCGCCUUCUCACCAUCAACAGUUUGGCAUGGUGCAAGAAAGCCCGAGCCACCCAAGCCCUUACCCCUUACAGAGGGGGCGUGGUCAAACACAGCUCAUUUGAAUUGAAGCUAUUGACACAGAAACAAUCUGUUCUGAGCGGGGCAGAAAUAGAGAGGUUUAUAGGUAUGAUUAAAUACAGGAUCAGAGUGGAUUUUUAGGAAGAAACCCCACAGACAUGUUUUGGGGAGCUCUGAGGCUUCUCUAAACUUGUUGAAAAUUAGGAUAAUAUGUGACCUUUAAUGUGUGUAAAACUGCAAAAAAAAUUAAUAAAAAAUAGCUUUGAACAGAAGCAAUGUGCAACAGAAACAAUAAUUGCUAUUUAGCCAGGACAGAUAACAUUAGGUUUGAACAUAUUCAUGAUUAACAAAGUACUUCAGGAUAUACUAAUACCUGGUACCAAUCAAGUUAGUUUGUUAUUGUUCCAUUAUUUCAGGACAAACUCGUGAAUUUAGGAACCGUUCUAAACACAUGCACCUCCUAAAAUGUAGAAUGACAUUAAGUAGUAAUUGUCCCCAGGUAAGAGUGGACUACAAACCAUAAAAUCUUUUGCAAAAUACAUCCUGCAAACUCCAUUUUGGCUCCUCAUUCUGGAAGAUGAAACCACAGCUUUGUGUCAGGAUUAAUAACUGAACAGCUGUUAAAGAUUCAUGAGUCCGAAUGAGAAUAGAUGAACAAAUUGGCCUGGUUUCACACCGCCCUUCACAGCAUCAGCGGCCAUUUCUGUGUUGAGAACAGGACAUCGCCUUCAUGGACGUUUCUCUCCCUUAGCCAACCCUUUUGUGUUUUCAUUGCCCUGUAUUUCAUAGUGAAAACUAGGUUUUAGAAGACAGUGAGAAUGUCUGUAGUGAUUGUCGAUGGUGUUAUUGUGCAAACAUCAUUCACAAAUGUAAGCGUAGAUGAAGAUGUGUUUCAUUUUAUAAUCUUCUUCCCCUUCUCCCUCGCUUCACCCUGCUCUUUCACUCUCCCUGUUCCCUAUCUUCUGAACAUUUCCGACCCCUGUUGUCCCUGUUCACAGUAUUAGGCUGGAAUAUGGUUGUGCGGUAGUAGACACGUGUUCUGUCUGGUCGGUGAGUCUGUGCUGUGGUGUUAUGAUUUGCUGCUCCUCAUGAUUCCAACGUAACACGGAGCAGCGGUUGGAUCAGUGGAGUCAAAAGAUGAAAGGGGUGACCCAGGUUCCCUCAAUAAAAAACAUUAAAACAUCGGUUCCCAUUUCACAACCUACUCAUUCCCGGAGAACAGUUUCUAGGACUUUCUCUCUCUGCUCAGUGCCGCUCUGGAUUUGAAAACUCUUGAACUGUACUGUAUGUAUUUUCUCUCAUGACAUCUUGUCACUUUUUAACUCAGAAAUGUAGAAAAGGGGGGUUGGUGUUCUGCUGUGAUACCAUGACUUUGAGCCUCACUUCUGCCUACUGUGGUAUACUGAUUCUUUUUUGACAAGGAUUAGCAUCAAAGCAGUCCAUUCCCUGAAAACUAACAUUUUUUUAUGUUGAAAACAAGCACUUGUAUCAUUGAAGCCUUUCAAGUCGUUGAGAGCCAGAGGAACUCAUUUGGCUUCAGGCUACUUGCUUUAGAUUAAAUGUUCUCCCACUAAAGGUUUAGGAAUACAUCGAACAUUUCAAUGGUUCAAACUGUCACUUAGCCAAACAACUAUUCAGCAGCUCCCUUUUUUUUUUUUUUUUUUUUUUUUUUACGGAAAGUGCCAGUACACACAGCUUUGUAGCCAAGCCAUCGCCUCCGUCUGGCAGACAGACUCUCGCAUUAGCAGUGGAGCUGAGCUUGAUUCAUCUUCUCUGCUGUUGUACUUGAGAAUCUAGGCUGAGCGUUCCCCCGCUCCCUCCUCCAGUUUGUCCUUGCCUCGGGUUGGUGUACUGUAGUCUAGACGCCCCAUUUACAAUAGCAGCAGCAGCAACAACCUCACAAUUAGGAAUCUUUUUGGGAGCUCUUCAAAGACACAGCCCCAAAACGGACAAACCCUAAGAGACAAAUAAACAUGACGUUAUAACCAGCCAAGCUUAAAUUAUCUACGGUUUAGAUUUUAUUUUAUUGUUUAAAUUAAAGUCUAAAUUAAACUUUGCUUGUAUUAUUAGCAGAGAAAGAACAGCUUUAGUCUAACAUUUAAGGCUUCAUUUUGGCAGUCAUGUUUUCCUGUCAUUUCUGACUCUACAUUAGCUCUAAAUGAAUCCAUCUCCUACUCCAUAUUCUGCAGCUGCUGUUGUGAUUGGAUUAGACCCGAGUUGAAUUAUCAGAGUCGGGAGGAGCAGUGAUGGGGUGACUGCGGAGUGAGCUUGGCUGAUUGGGUAAUUACGUGGCUUAUUAGUACCGUUUCCAUAGCAGACCUCUCAGAACAUUCUGCUAUUCAAAUACUUUUUUACAUUUUUUAUUUAACCAAUUUGCAUAAACGUCAGCUUGAAACGUAACCUAUGAUGGUAUCUCUAAUUGGACAAAUAGAUGGUUCUUCAAAACAGUUGUUCAUUAGCUGAUAUUUUGUAAUAAUUAGACACGUAGCAGAGCAUUGCUGAAGGAUUGUUUAAAGCACCUUGGACAGACAACCACUUUAUCUUAACCUUGACCAGACAAUAGCAAGUGUCCCCCUUCUCUAUGUAACACUACUGACCCCAAGUGGUCAGUGAUAGUAACAGCAACAAAUACAACCAUUCUGUUGACGCUCUUGUAUGUGGUGGGAAAAUAAAAAACAGCAGCUCUGGAUGUCACACAGUCAAACCCUGAGGAGAGCAUAUUGACUGUUAGUUUCAUAAGUCAGUGCUUCACUGAUUUUCUUAUAGCCAUAGUGUGACCUCCUUUACACUCUAGUUGUCAUGGGGUUCUCAUGAGAGACCUCUAUCUGAUCAAAAGCAACAGUUCUGAGUUUGUUUUCUGGGACUCAGUCUGUAGGUUAGAAAAAUACUUUCUGACGCCCCUCGCCAGUUUCACCAACAUCACAUGAAACAAUUUUAAAAAAACGAUAACGUGUCACAGUUUUUUGCUGUAAUUGACUGGGAGCUAAUCAGUUGUUUCCUCUCUAGAGAAAAAAAAACAUGUUUUCUUUUGGUCUUAGCAGGUUUAAUCUAUGCAUGCCUUUUGUAAACAGUGAUUGGUCUUGCCAAACUCUCACCUACACUUGUACAGAGAGCUAUGGGUGCCAAUGUUGCUGGCCAUGGGACUGGCUGAAACAAACUCACAAAAUGUUCUUGUUAUAUAUAUAUAUAUAUAUAUAUAUAUAUAUAUAUAUAUAUACACUGUAUACAUAUAUAUACUGUAUACAUAUAUAUAUUUAUAUACUCUAAAGCAAACAGUACCUGCACCUGCAUUCCCGGAUACUAAAAAGAGCUUGCGUCUUGCAUAAGAAGCCUUUGUUUACUUGGGAUGAUUGUACUUUUACUCAUAUCUAUCCAAACACACAGAGAAUCAGAUGAGAUGUACCGGUAGAUACAAUCAUUAAUAUUCCAAGCAGGAUGGUGGGACUGAUCAAUGCUGUAUAGGGAUAGGAUUAUUAAUGGCAUACUUCCAUUGAUCUAUCUUAUACCUUGUCGCUCUCCCACAAUCCCUCUGGAGUAGGGGGAGGCGUACAGGGCACUUUCAGACCUGGCUGGCACCCAUUCCUGGGUUUCCACAUUACCUAUUAAAAUGAUAUCCUUUUUUAAGAACGAGAUGGUGCCAAAUUUUGACAGAUUUUUUUCCAGGUCUGAACUAAUGUAACGCUCUUGUACCUCCCCCACUCUUAAGAGGAAGCUUUCCUUGGUUUAGUUCUGUAUUUGUAGGAGCUCUCUAAUGGAAAACACUAAAUUUGAUGUUUUGAAUUUGGCUGGGGUAUACUUAUGCUCUUCUCUCUUUCUCAUUCUCUCACUUCUCUCUCUCUCUCUCUCUCUCUCUCUCUCUCUCUCUCUCUCUCUCUGUCUCUUCUCUAUUAACCUGGCACCAACCUCGUAAAACAUUUUUCAUUGUAGUAUUUGGACUAAUCUAUAUUCUUUACUUGUUAAGACUGUCGUGAAACACUUCUGAAACCUAGGAAUGGGUGCUGAGUGCUCCAUUAAAUGCAGAACUACCAUAAAGAUAGGUUGUACAGCUUGUCUGAUUCUAUGGUGUGUGAUCAGAUCAAUCAUGAAAGCAUAUGGCUUGCUCUCAAUAGAGACUGUUAUACAGUUAGUACCAAAUUGAUUUAUUGCAUUUGUAUUUGCACCAUAUGGAUCGUUGGAUGUGAAGAACAGAAAUUGUACAUAUUAGAUCUUUUAGCCAUAUCAUGUCAUCUAAUCUGUAGACCUCCUUGCCAUGUCUGACAGAGGAAAAUGACUGUUGAACUGUAAAUAGUGUAGGUAUAGUAAUAUAGGAUAUAAGUGCUGUUUCUUUUCUUCAGGGAUCGCCCAUGUUUUGCUCAGUCCCAUGGCUGCUUGGUCUCAGAGGGAAGGACGGGACAAUGUACUUGUCAAUAAAAAACACGAGUUGUUUUUUUUAUUUCUAUGUAUGUUUUAUAAACUGUCUGUCUUGUAAAUGAACUCCUUUUCGUCAUAAAAGCAUGAUGUGACUGUCGAAA